CUCAUGGAGGUUGAAAGGAUCAACAAGGCCUUCGAGACCAAAGUAAAUUAUCAGCUGAAUUGAACGACUUGUUCCAAGCCCAGAAACCUGCCCUUGUCACAGAUAAUUUACCUCCCUCUCGAACCAAUUUUCCAACUCUUCUUACGGCCUCUUUGCCCAUCAUGACUUCCAACCCCGACACUCCCAUGCUCUCGGUCGAACCCACAACGACCUUAGUGCUCUACAACCCAGUAGACUUUGACGUCGUCAUGAAAGAAGAUGGCGAAGCCCAAAUCCCCACGGGCAUCGUCAGCGUUGACAACCCACCACCCUGGCUCGUUACGCUUCACCAACAACUCACGACAGCCCACAAUCAUCUCCGCGAAAUCGCCGUGACCGUAGGCCAGGAACAAAUCCACGAACUCGCCUCCCUCAAGGAGCAGUAUGAGGUGCUGAAGAAAAAACUACACCAUCGUCACCAACCUCUUCGAAGCAGGAUCCGAGGCCUCGCAAAGCCAGAUCACCCGCCUCGAACAGCAGGUCCAACAGGCCAGCUCCCGCUUCGCUUCUGAAGUCUGGACUACCAUCGCCAAGUACGGAAAGCAAGACGCUGAGCGCCAAAAGGCUAUCGACCACCUUCAAGCAAUCGCUACGCGCCACCAGGAGGCCCUGGAAACCCUCAACGAGGGAAAAAAAGACUAUAAAGCGAUCGUUAAGAUGCUUCUCGAUACUGGCAAGGUUGGCGCAGGUGCUAAGGAUGAGAAUGGACAGACAGCGCUG